GCGGUAGUGCCCAUUUUGACAUCAAAUUUGGCUUUAUGUGGCCUCUGAGCUGCAGUACCUACAAUGAGUUUGACGCUCCAAGGCCAGUUAGGAUGCAACAUACGCUAUGCAACCAGUGGGAGGCGCGUCAUAACGGAGGGCUGAGCUGGUUCCAGUUGGAACACUGCUGUGCAAUGCAGACCCCAGACAUGGAUGAAACCGACGAGUUGCAAAACGACACCGGCGAUCACAACACAAAUAUUUAUUUAAGUGAGUACACUACAGCAGGAAGCACAAAGAGGCAAGAAAAAGAGGCCAAAAAUGUCACAGUUGGCCCCAUUGAACUGUUCAGGUUUGCAGAUGGCUUGGACGUUUUACUGAUCUUCCUGGGGACCGUGAUGUCGGUGGCCCAUGGGCUGGUGUUCCCCCUCAUGUGUGUUGUCUUUGGGCAUAUGGCGGAUCGAUUUAUUCUGUACUCAGCAAUGUCCAAAAACAAUACCCGCCAGUUCAGUGAGUUGACAGAGACCAACAUCAAAUUGUAUCCUGAUUUUACUGAUGAAGAAUACAACACCUUAUUGUCUCUAUUUUCAGUUACCACCAACAGCAGUUUACAGGAUGAUAUGGCCGGCUUUUCUGUUUACUUCGCCAUCACAGGGGUCUUGGUGCUGGUGGCCGCCUACAUGCAGGUUGCUUUUUUUACACUGGCCGCUGUACGGCAAGUCACACGCAUCCGCAAGUGUUUUUUCCACAGUAUCAUGAGACAGGACAUCGGCUGGUUUGAUGUCAAUGACACAGGAGCACUCAACACUCGCCUCGUUGAUGAUGUCUAUAAAAUACAGGAGGGUAUUGGAGACAAAAUGGGGAUGUUGAUCCAGUCGCUUUCCACCUUCAUAGCAUCUUUGGUUGUGGGCUUAAGCGUAGGAUGGAAGCUUGCUCUGGUCAUCCUGGCCGUCUGCCCCUUGCUGGGCCUCUCAGCUGCCAUUUUCAGUAAGGUGGUGACAUCUUUCACUGCUAAAGAACAGGCCGCUUAUGCCAAAGCGGGUGCAGUGGCAGAGGAGGUGCUUUCUGCCAUCAGGACUGUUUUUGCCUACAGUGGUCAGCAGAGAGAGAUCCAAAGGUACCACAAGAACCUGGAGGAGGCUAGGAACAUGGGAAUAAAGAAGGCGAUAAGUUCCAACACUGCUAUGGGUUUCACCUUCAUGAUGAUCUUCCUUUCUUAUGCCCUGGCCUUCUGGUAUGGCAGUACACUAGUUCGGAGUAAGGAGUACACUACUGGAACUGUACUCACAGUUUUAUUUGCUUUGAUUUUUGGAGCAAUUGCACUGGGGCAGACCUCACCAAACAUCCAGUCCUUUUCCAGUGCCCGAGGAGCUGCACACCAAGUGUACCGCAUCAUUGACAUUAAACCCAGUAUCGAUAGCUACUCAGAGAGCGGCUUCAAGCCUGAUGUCAUCACAGGAAACAUCGAGUUGAAGAACAUCCACUUUAAGUACCCCUCAAGGCCAGAGGUUAAAGUAUUAAACAACCUUUCCCUCAGCAUUAAGAGUGGACAGAGCAUUGCUUUAGUGGGAACCAGUGGCUGCGGUAAAAGCACCACCAUUCAGCUGUUGCAGAGGUUCUACGAUCCUCAGGAGGGAUCUGUAUCUGUUGACGGUCAUAACAUCCGUUCGCUUAAUAUCGCUCACCUGCGCAAGAUGAUUGGUGUGGUGAGUCAAGAGCCCGUCCUUUUUGCCACCACCAUAUCUGAGAACAUCCGAUACGGCCGAACUGACGUGACGCAGCAGGAGAUAGAGCAAGCUGCAAAGGAGGCCAACGCUUACGACUUCAUCAUGAACCUUCCUGAUAAGUUUGAGACGCUGGUUGGUGACCGAGGGACUCAGAUGAGUGGAGGUCAGAAGCAGAGAAUUGCAAUUGCUCGGGCGCUAGUCCGUAACCCCCAAAUCCUUCUGCUGGAUGAAGCAACAUCUGCGCUUGAUGGUGAAAGUGAAACUAUUGUGCAGGCUGCACUGGACAAGGUCAGAAUGGGUCGUACCACCGUAAUUGUGGCCCAUCGCCUCUCAACUAUCAGAAACGCUGAUGUCAUCGCUGGCUUCCAAAAUGGAGAGGUUGUGGAGUUGGGUACUCAUAGCCAACUGAUGGAAAAACAGGGUGUGUAUCACACCCUUGUCAACAUGCAGACCUUCAAGAAAACUGAGGAGCACAGGAAGAGUGAGCAAAAUGAAAAGAUCCGGACAGCCAAAGCUUUUGAUGAUUCUUCCUUUAGAAAGACUAAAUCUCAAAAAAGUUCUUCCUCUGCUCACUUGGAGGGAAACCAAGAAGAGAGAGAAAUGUUGAUGGAUGGCAAAGACAAAACAGAGGAUAAAAAUGUUGCCCCUGUGUCAUUACUCAAAAUUAUGAGUUUCAACCUUUCUGAGUGGCCGUACAUUUUCAUGGGGAUCAUCUUUGCUGCCAUCAAUGGAUUGUUACAUCCCCUGUUUGCAGUCAUCCUCUCAAAGUUCAUUGCUGUGAUGGCUGAGGCCGAUGAAGAGAUUAUCAGAAAAGAAACAGAAUUCCUUUGCAUUAUGUUUGCAGCUAUUGGAAUUGUAAUCUUUUUCACCAUGUUUCUCCAGACGUUCUUACAUUUCCACACGGCUGACAUGGAUCCUACUCCAUCUGUCCGGAAGGGUUACUGUUUUGGAAAAUCUGGAGAGAUCCUGACUUUAAAACUGAGACUGGCAGCUUUCAAGGCUUUGAUGCGGCAGGAUCUCAGCUGGUUUGAUGACCAUAGAAACAGUGUAGGAAUGCUGACAACAAGGCUGGCUUCAGACGCGGCUCAAGUGCAAGGAGUAACAGGACUCCGAUUGGCUACCCUGGUCCAGAACAUUACCAAUUUAGGCACCGGCGUGAUUCUUGCCUUUGUGAAUGGCUGGGAGCUGACCCUGCUCGUACUGGUCUUGGUCCCAAUUCUGGCGGUAGCCGGAACUGUGGAGAUGGAGUUACUCGCUGGGCAAGCUGCCAAGGACAAGAAGGAGUUGGAGAAGGCUGGACGGAUCGUUACAGAAGCCAUCGAAAAUAUCCGUACAGUUGCAUCUCUGACCAGGGAACCCAAGUUUGAGUCUUUGUAUCACAAGAACCUGGAAGCUCCAUACAGAAAUGCCCAGAAAAAGGCCCAUGUGCAGGGUUUUGCCUUCUCUUUCUCCCAAGCCAUGAUCUACUUUACUUACGCCAUAUGUUUCUGCUUUGGAGCUUGGCUUGUUGAGCGAGGACGAAUGGAUGUUGAGGGAGUGUUUCUGGUGAUUAUGGCAAUUCUGUAUGGUUCUAUGGCUGUUGGAGAAGCCAAUUCCUUCACUCCAAACUAUGCAAAUGCCAAAAUAUCUGCUGCUCACAUCAUGAUGCUUCUGAACACGCAGCCGGUUAUUGACAAUCUCUCGCAAGAAGGCAGGUCAUUGGACAAAUUUGAUGGUAAUGUCUACUUUGAGGGAGUCGAGUUUCACUACCCCACACGACCUGAUGUACCCGUCCUCCGAGGGCUGAAUCUGAAGGUGAGCAAAGGAGAGACACUGGCCCUAGUAGGAAGCAGCGGCUGUGGAAAAAGCACUACCAUCCAGCUUCUGGAGAGGUUCUACGAUGCCACGCAAGGGAAUGUGAUGUUUGAUUCUUUAAGUGUGAAAGACUUGAACAUCCACUGGCUGAGGUCUCAGAUGGGUAUUGUGUCCCAGGAGCCUGUGCUCUUUGACUGCAGCUUGGCAGAAAACAUUGCCUACGGAGACAACAGUCGUGCUGUAACUAUAGAGGAGAUCAAGGCUGCCGCUGAAGCAGCCAACAUUCACAGCUUUAUAGAACAUUUGCCAAAGAAGUACGACACUCAGGCAGGCGAUAAGGGGACGCUGCUGUCUGGUGGCCAGAAACAACGAAUAGCCAUAGCUCGAGCCAUCCUCCGUAACCCCAAACUGUUGCUUCUGGAUGAGGCCACGUCGGCGCUUGACACCGAGAGUGAGAAGGUAGUGCAAGAGGCGUUGGACAAAGCUAGGCAGGGGAGGACCUGCAUCAUUGUUGCCCACCGUCUGUCCACCAUCCAAAACGCAGACCGUAUCGCUGUCUUUCAGGGAGGGGUGGUGGUUGAACAAGGGACACACCAGCAACUGCUAGCCAAAAAGGGAGUCUAUCACACACUGGUCACCACUCAGUUGGGCUAUGUGAGGGAAUGAGAAGUUUCUUUUAUCGACUUAUUGUCAUAGGUCUCCAUUUUCAAUUAAGUGUGGCUGUGUGAAUGCACGCGACUGUUGGGUGCGUUGACUCAAUGACACCCAAAAACAGACAGAUCAGUUUGGUUUGGCUAAAUAUCUAGGUCAGUGUUUCCCAACCUUUAUUUGGGCAAGGGACAUGACACCAUCACCAAACAAAACAAAAAUCAUAAAUACAUUGAUAAUCUUAAUUUACACACCAAAUUACUUGGUGUGAAAUCUGAGCCUGUUUCGUGUUGGUUUCUGCAACCAUCUUCCUUUCAGUCUUUUAGCCAAAAAAAUCAGAUUCAUUUUAACCACCUUUUAGUCAUUUCUAUCUCUAAUUUUUUAAGUCGAUAACUCAGGUUUUAGUCUACUUUUUAGGAAAUUCCAUGCUAAGAAUAUAGGCCUUAACUAUCAAAGAAGUGAAAAAAAUAAAAAAGAUUUUGAUAGUAUAUUGACCACAUGACUGGCGCCAUCCCAGGACUUAAGCUUUCUGAUGUUUCUUUCUGAGCUCUGACCAGAAUUCUAACAUCCCUGAACUGUAUUUUUUGUUGUUUGUGUGAGUUAGAUUACCAGAGAAUCAUUAUAUUGUGUAGGAAAUAAUAAUUUCAACCCAAUUAAGUGAAACUGGAUAAUUUCCUGCAGCACACCAGUUGGGAAUCUCUAAUCUAUAUUGUAUUCACAUAUGCUCCCUUUUUUUGCUGGGUUUUGCGGGACAUCAAAUGUUUUCUCAGGUACAAAAUUCCAGUAUUGAAUCAGGGAGUGAUUCCACUAGGGAAAUACUAAACACAAUUGAGGGCAAGCGCAUUGGAAAAUAGGUGGAUGGAUCUAGAUAACUGACUGAUUAACAAACACAAAACAUUCAAAAAUAAUAAGCCAUAACUGAAAUCUGAUUAUUUGACAUUUACUGACUGACUGAAGUGAGGCAAGUGAAGUCCUAACGUGUGUUUGAGGGCAUUCGUUAGCCCUGGAGUGCAUGAUAAUUUCAAGAGAUUUAAUACUUCCAUCAUGCAAACCUACUAGCCAACUAUUUGUAAAAAUGUAUUACGAGCAGAAUUCUUUUUUUUACAUUUGUAUUUUACACCAUUGCAUACAUUAAAAUGGCAUUUACCCAUUAUUAUCCCCAAAAGUCCUUACAUCUCCGGACAGGCCACCUUUGCCUUUGUCAAAAGAUCCUACCUCACAGUAGCUCAUCUGGAAAGUGGCCAGAAUAAAUAUGCAUUGCAUGUUUUAUAGUCACAGAAACUGCUACUUACUGUAUUUGUGUACAAAUAUAUUGUGAAUGAAAUGCGCAGAAAUGACCUCUGCCAAACAAUGGGAAUGUAUCAAAUAAUACAUUAAAUGUUGGUACAAACCUGAAUAAAUUGUGGAUGCAGAAAUGUAUUUCGAUCGAAAACUGCCAAGUCAACGUUGUGUCCUAAUUUCGGGUUGCUCCAGUGAUUUUUUUUUUUUUUUUUUUUUUCACAAUGCUUCUAGUUUUACUAUUGUUAGUCUGAAACUUGACUCCUGCUGGGUUGCUCUUUCGCAAGGCAAUGCAACCCUUCAAAUCUCAGCUCAUCAUCUCUGCGGCCAAUCACUCUAACUGACAUUUCUUUACAUGUCUGCAUGCGUGUUGUCAGCUUCUUUGUUUUGUGUGCAAGUAUACAGGAAGAGGGUACCGCAAAUCAAAUUUCUCCUUGCAAGUUCACAAAGCAUAGAAAACUACAUUAAAUUAAGUUUAGCAUCGUCAGCUUUGUUUUGUGUGCAGCAAACAUAUUACAGCA